UCACGACAGGCAGUGUCACCGAAAUGUUGCGCCACUUCAUGCGCCACGAGAACAACAAAGUGUUUGUCCUGAUUCUGCUGUACUGUGUCCUGGUCAGCAUACUGAAGCUGUGCACGGCACAGGCAGACAAUUCGGUGGGCUCACCCGAGAAUGAUCUCCAGCAUCUCGGCGAUGACUGCCAGGUGACGCCCGUGAUCCAUGUGCUCCAGUAUCCCGGCUGCGUACCCAAGCCGAUUCCAUCAUUCGCCUGUGUGGGUCGCUGCGCCAGCUACAUCCAGGUAUCGGGCAGCAAAAUAUGGCAGAUGGAGCGCUCGUGCAUGUGCUGCCAGGAGUCUGGUGAACGCGAGGCAGCAGUCUCGCUCUUCUGCCCCAAGGUGAAGCCGGGCGAGCGGAAAUUCAAGAAGGUGCUGACCAAGGCGCCAUUGGAGUGCAUGUGCCGUCCGUGCACCUCCAUCGAGGAGUCUGGCAUAAUUCCUCAAGAGAUAGCCGGCUAUUCGGACGAGGGUCCACUCAACAAUCAUUUCCGGCGCAUUGCACUGCAGUAGAGCAGCACACCACAGUCACAUUUAACUUUGCAUAUUCAAAUA